AUAAGCAGAGUAAAAUGCGAAGCAAUUUAUAAUUAGCGGCCAAAUCUGAGUUUUAGUUUAGACAUAAAUGCUACAGUAUUCAUAAGAGGCAGGAAGUUUUCAUCAAGAAGGCAGGCACCUGCCCUCUGUGGUAAUAGUACUGAGAUAGGCAGAGAGGCCCGGGGAGGAACAUUAGGUGAGUGGAAAGUGAGAGCAAGGAUACGGCGCUAGACAUGAUGAACCUGGUAUUGGGGGAAAGUUGGUCUCAAGUACAGUGGUAGUGGUGCUUGCUGGAAAUGGUGACAGGUGGGAUGCACCAACUGAAGAAGAGGAAGAAGUCCACGAUAACUCACAAGUUUUGAGUCCGCAGGAUCAGGAGAGGCUGUGUUGCCACUGCGAGAAUCAGGAUUUGGUUUAGGAGAAGGUGUUCCGCUUUAGGUGAGUUUGAAAUGAGGGAGCCCUGUAAGACAAAAGCUACGAUGGGCUCAGCGUCAGGUCCACGCAGGGUGCAAUGGGCGAGGCAAGUGUGCUGCUCAUCAACUAUUCACCACAAUCAGACCAUUUCCUAAGUCUAUAGAGGAUAGUUUCCACUUACCUUUUAGGGAAGGUAAACCAGCAGUGUUAAGGAAAAACAACAACAACAAAUCAGACUCAGAUUGUUGUUCUUGAAAAGAAGGCUUGGUUCAGCUCAAUUAGUUCUUCUUUCUGGCACCAUUCUGUGUUCUGGCAUCUCGUUUCCUCUUGACAAUCUCAUUUGAGGGUUUAACAACCUCCCAAGUUGUGCUGCAGUCCCUCUCUUACCUAAAGGCCGCCUAACGGGAAUAGGAGGCCUCUGUUUUUUGGAGCAGAUCCCCCAAUGCCGUGUCUGCACUCUGUCCAACAUAGACACCCAGUGAAAGCACGCUGCGACGCUGUAAGCUGGCUCCAAAAGGUUCAUUCCUGUAAAAUGCAGCUCAAGUUGUUGUGAGGCCCUGAAUGAGACCCAGACCUGGGCAGAGGAUCCUUAUGGGGUCGGAGCUGAGUCUGCAUUAUGGAAAGAGUUUGCCCAGAGGUGUGCUUCCUUUACACCUCCCAAAGGGCAGAUGGGCUUUUCUGACCUUCUGACUUGGGAAAACAGAAUUUAAACCCACGCGUCUAUGGAAAAAUGGGCUCCUGUGACAUCCUGAAGCAUUAUUAAAGUGAAACAAGGACCUAGAUGGGUGACUAUCACUUGCUGUCUCUCAGCUCUGAAUCAUCAUGAUCCCCAGGGUCUGUUGCAACGAUGCGACCAUAAGUAUUUUCCCUAAAAUGAAAACUCCCUUCUGGAAAUGCCUAGCCAUUAUAAGUAGCCUUUCUAAGCAAACUGAUAAAUAGGUCGUUUGCCCUUAAAACAAACUUCUAAUUUCAAUUUAGAAAGCCAUGCACAUUACAUGAUUUGACCUUCACAGUCUUACCUUUUAAAAUGGAAACUGCUUGGAAGGGGCUUUUACCUGGAGAAUAUGGCAUGCAUGUGUCUGUUAUACUGCUUUCCUGCCCAAAUAAGUGUGCCCUUAUGCGCACUCCUGUGCAUAUUCCGUUGCUCACUGCAUUUUGUCAGAUGCUGCUUGCUGAAUGCAAAGACUGUGAGACCACUGCCCGGCUUCCUGUAGCGCUAGGCCCACAUUUCCACGGAACCCCUCACCUAGCAGAAUUCUUGAGUGCUUCGCAGUCAGCAGCAUCACCCAGGGUUCUGCCUGAGUGUCACUUCAGUGUCUGCCAAGGAGCUUCAGACAUCCUCAGUUCUGUUUAGGCUGUGCAGAUAGACAUAGGUGAGGUUUGCUUCUAGUUGGUGGUUGCUAGUACCAGGUCACCUUGCUCAUUGGUGAGUUCAUUCCAACCCAAAAAGUCACACCUGUGUCCUGUGCGCGGGUGCUGCAGGCUUAGGUGGAGAAAAGCAGGGCUAGAAUUGGAAUCCAAAGCCCAGGAUGGCAGGAGAGGAUGUGGGGGCUCCACCCGAUCACCUCUGGGUUCACCAAGAGGGUAUCUACCGCGACGAACACCAGCGCACGUGGGUGGCCGUCCUGGAAGAGGAGACGAGUUUCCUAAGGGCACGAGUUCAGCAAGUUCAGGUUCCUUUAGGUGACGCAGCCAGGCCAAGUCACCUUCUCACCUCCCAGCUACCUCUCAUGUGGCAACUCUACCCCGAGGAGCGCUACAUGGAUAACAACUCUCGCUUGUGGCAGAUCCAGCAUCAUUUAAUGGUCAGGGGAGUACAGGAGCUGUUGCUUAAGCUUUUGCCUGAUGAUUAAUCUGGUGCUGGGAUUCUAGGAAGAUAUGCCCCUCUGUUCUGUUCAGUAUAUGGCAAUCACGUCAUCCACCACUGCAGUGCACCCACCUGUGGGCCUGUGGGGAGGGAGUGGGUUGAAAAACUGCUCAAGAACAC